GGGGCGGAUUCUUUCCCUCCCACCACUCUUGGACGAUGUCCUCUUCUUUGAUUGGUUAUUUGUGACGCCGGUUCGGGUUUGUUGUUCUUUCGAUGUGCGUAGUGUACGCGCGCGCGUUGGGGGUGGGAUAUAUUGCAGACUUCUUAACUUGUAGAUACAUCCCCCUACCCCCUCAGUCUCCACCCCGCCGCUGGUUCGGUGGUGGCCCGGGCUCCUCGACCGGUUGGGGUGAAUCACCCCCUUGUGGGUGGGGCACGAUUUUUAGGGCGGGGCUGGUGAACCUCGGCUGCUCUCACAGUAGGAGGAGCCUGCGGGCAGGCUUGAAGAUGGCGGCGUCGGCAAGUUAUUCUCGAUGCUCGAACAUCCUACCUGAACCACCUCUGUCUACUGCAGCCAUGGUUCGACUGUCUGCAUCUUCAUAUGUAGUCUAUCCACCUGAUAAGCCUUUCCUUAAUUCAGAUAUACGACGCUCUCCACAAAAACCAACAUGUGCCUAUCCAGAAAGCAAUAGCAGAGCCAUAUUCUCAGCACUGAAGAAUCUUCAAGAGAAGAUUCGACGUUUAGAACUUGAACGGAUUCAAGCAGAAGAAAGUGUGAAAACUUUGUCUAGAGAAACAAGUGAAUACAAGAAAGUGCUGGAUGAACAAAUACAAGAAAGGGAGAACUCAAGGAAUGAAGAGUCAAGACAUAAUCAAGAACUUACAUCCCAGUUGUUAGCUGCAGAAAGUAAAUGUAAUCUUUUAGAAAAACAAUUGGAAUACAUGAGAGACAUGAUAAAACAUGCAAAAAAUGAGAGGACAACCGUCUUGGAAAAACAGGAUUUGAUAGAGAGAGACCAGCAACAGGGUCAAAUGCAUGUUGAGAACCAACUUGAAAAGCUGGAUAUUCUUGAGCAGGAAUAUAACAAACUUACUGCCAUGCAGGCUCUUGCAGAGAAAAAAAUGCAAGAACUGGAAUCAAAACUCCGUGAAGAAGAACAGGAAAGAAAACGUAUGCAGGAAAAAGCAGCCCAGUUGCAGACUGGAAUAGAAACAAAUAGACAAUUGUUUGAGGAGAAAAUACCAUCAUAUCCUCCCAGUGCAAGAAGAGUGAAGAAAAAGAAAACAAAACAGCCAGACAAGAAAUCUCCUAGGAAUCAUUUUCAUGUACAGCCACAUUAUAGAUUGUGCCUGGGUGACAUGCCGUUUGUAGCUGGAAAGUCCACUACCCCUAGCCAUGCAGUGGUAGCCAAUGUACAACAUGUUUUACAUUUAAUGAAGCAACAUAAUAAAGCCUUAUGCAAUAACCGUGUGGUCAACAAUGUUCCUCUGGCAAAGCAGGGGACUCCUCGAAAUGGUAAAGGCAGAAAGUUAUCAGCAUCAUCCUCUUCUUCUUCUUCCACCUGUCAUGAAGAACUCUUUGAAGUCUUACAGACAUUACAGGAUGAAUUUGGACAAAUGAGUUUUGAUCAUCAACAGCUAACCAAACUUAUCCAGGAAACACCAACUAAUGAACUAAAAGAAGACCUUGAGCGAGAACUUGAGGAAUUAGUGGAAAGGAUGGAAGCUAAGGCUAAUCAAAUAACUAAAGUUCGAAAACAUCAAUCCCGGCUGGAGAGGCAGAUGAAGGAGCUAAAAGGUAGCAAAAAGUGUUUGGAGGAUCAAGAAAGCAACAGCAAGCUCUUUUCUGGAGUCAUUGGGAGCGCCCCUAAGAAGGACUCUAUUUCUGUCAAACGGAAACCUGGAGAGAAAAGCCGUCGAAAUCUUCAGUUGUUGAAGGACAUGCAAACCAUACAGACUUCGAUUCAAAACGAUAACCUAGGUUGGGAAUAUUGAUUGGUACUUGGUACUAGGUCAAAUGUUUUAUUCAUAUAAUUUAUAUUUCGUCACAUGUUGACAGCUCACAUAUUAAAAAACAGCAUAUUCUUAUACUUUUUGAGGGACUUAAUAGCUGUGCUGAGGACCACCAGCACCAACAUUUAGACUCCCUGUUUUAAACAGUUCCAGUAAAGGAUCAAGAGUUUUACUGGAAACAAGCCACAUUUUUACUAAAUUCCCUUUGGCAAAUCUUGCUGGACUUGUGCAAUGUGCUUUGUAAACAAACUCCCAGGUUUUUAUUUGUGGAUGUUUUUAAAAAUAGUACUACCAUGCCUGAAUUAAAAUUUAAAUUGUCUAAACAUAAGGCUGAAAAACUGUAUGUAGUUAUCAGCAUUGUCUGCUUGGAAAAAAAGUCUCACAAACCUCAUCUCAAUGCAUUUUCUCCACCUCCAUUCCCCCCAAAAGUACUUUAUUUUGCUACUGAUGGAGGCUUUCUGAAUUUAAUAUCUUUUGGAUUUAUUUCUUUGUGCCAAUUCAUACUGUAGAGUAGAACUUUGCCCAUUAAUGAUUACAAUCAUUUUUUCUGCUCUCAUUAGUGUUCUCAUUAACCAAUUAGUUAAAAAAAAUCAUUUUUUAAAAAACCAAAACAAUUUAAGUUUCUAACAAAUUUUAAGUGUAAUUAGUGUUGCUUUUCUAUCUAUCAUAACAAAAGGAAGUUAUUACUAAAGAAAUUCCAGAAAAUCCAAAUAAUCAUUUAAGGUGUUGUUUUGCCUAUAAAUAGAACAUGAGGUUAGCAUAAUUAAAAAAUUUACCUGUGAGUUUUUGGUUGCCUUUUUUUUUUUUUUUUUGAUGUGAAAAUAGAUAAUGAGAUAUAGGAAUAAAGUGAAAAACUAACUUGGGGGGGGUGGGGGAUGGAUGGAAGGGAGGGGAGGAAGUGUGGGAGGGGUGAAAGGUGUUAGAAAAGAAUAUACAUUGCUAUUUUUAAAUUUUGCCGCCUCAAUCAUGCCAUUCAAUCCUGGCAAUGUGUUUUUUAAUCUUGAAAAUAGUUACUGCACACCUUGGAUAUUCACCUUUAUUAGUGGUCUGUACAUAUACAAAAUAAACUGUACACAGCAACUGUUAUUUAUUAUGUUAAUGAUGUAAAAAAAUUCUUCCUAUUUUGGAAUAUACAAAAAUAUGCUAACUUUUUUAUAAAUGUGCCAUUAAAGUCAAUAAAACAGCUUUGUUUUUAAGGAAA